AUGGCGACCACUAGAGUGAAGCUCAAAGCGCCAGCCGUCGGCCUUGCGCCACGCAUGAUUCUCCUCGCGCUGCUCUUCCUCCUGGUCUCCCCGACUCACGCCUUCUUCCGUCAUCUCUGCCAUGGCACAUUGGGAAAUGGUCGUGUCGACCCGAUCAUGGCCCCUGGUAGUCCUUCCCAACACCUUCACGUUAUGUUUGGUGCUUCCAAUAUGGGGCUUGAUCCUACCCUCGACGACCUGUUGGCUUCCAACUGUACCAGCUGCUCCAUUCUCCAAGACCAUUCCGUUUACUGGAGUCCACUCAUGUACUUCCAACAUGCAAACGGCACAUUCGAAAUGGUCCCCACUGAAGGCGGAUUGACUGUGUAUUAUUUCACUGAGCCAUCUCCGGUCGAUACAACACCUGUGGUCGCAUUCCCUCAGAACUUCCGCAUGAUCGCUGGAAACUCUUUGAAGCGCGCCUUUUAUGGUCCAGUUCCAGAUCCGCCGUCGUCCCUCUGGAAUGGCAGUGACACAACCCAACAAGCGCUGAUGGAGAAAGCUCUCGGCUUCAACUGUCUCAAUUAUAAUCUUCCACCGGAAGGUGCCCGAGAAUACCACUAUCUCCGUAACAAGACUUUCCUCGAUGCCACCUGCGCCGACGGAAUUCGCGCAGAGGUUAUGUUUCCCUCUUGUUGGAAUGGAGUGGAUUUGGAUAGCGCAAAUCACACAACUCAUGUCGCGUACCCAGACCAAAUCCAAAAUGGGAUAUGUCCAGAGGGAUAUCCAGUAAAAAUACCCACCUUGUUCUACGAGACAAUCUAUCAAACCAAUCUUUUCAACGGCACUGACGGGGAGUUUACAUUUGCCAAUGGUGACCCUACUGGGUACGGCUAUCAUGGAGAUUUCCUGUGCGCCUGGGAAGAAGGGGUAUUACAAAGUGCCAUCAACGACCCUGUCUGCAAUCUUCCGAUCGGUGCUGCGGGCAACCAGGAAGACUGUCCAAUCUUCAAAGUCCAAAAUCCGGAUGUUGGUACACAAUGCCAGAUGGAAGUGCCUGAGGUUCUUCAAUCCGAGCAGAUCAACUUCGUCCAACAACUACCCGGCAAUGUGCAAGUUCAGGCCGGACCUGCGCCUGCUACGAUUGGACCAAUACCUGGGGCUCCAGCACCGACCAGCACUUCUUCACCAUCUGUCGCAAACACCAUCAUGUCAGCUCCAGGAGGACAAACUCCUGGAUCUACGGCUAUCAUGUCGAUGUCUUCGCCCGCUGUCACCCCGUUGGCAACGCCAAGCACAUCCAACAGCCAGUUCACAACCACAACCAGCUACAUGAGCAACGGUGUUAUGGUGAAUCUGAUCCUGAUUGAAGAAUUCGUGACUGUUACCUUGACAGAUGGUGCCAGUCCGACAAACAACAAACACAAACGCCAUGCGCACAAUCAUGGCCGCAGAAAUGGAAGAGAUCGGCUGUAA